AUAUUACAAAAGGCCCAUAAUUAGUUCGUCGUUGGCCCCCGAACGGUGCUGUUCUGAGUUCCCAAUUUCGUUAAGGUUCCACAACUCUUCUGCUGCAGAAUGCGUACAAUAGCAGCGCGAUUCAGCCCUUAUUUAUGGAGGAGAACGCCUAUAAAUUCACAACCCCGACGUUUUUCUACUUCCAGCUUUGGGAGAGAUGAACAGACAAUAGAACAAGAAGCUGAAAGAAAAGUAGGGUGGCUUUUAAAGUUAAUUUUUGCUGGAACUGCUACAGUUAUUGGGUAUCAAAUUUUUCCAUACAUGGGAGACAAUCUGAUGCAUCAGUCUGUCUCACUACUACAAGUCAAGGAUCCAUUAUUUAAAAGAAUGGGCGCGUCCAGAUUGGCUCGUUUUGCUAUAGAUGACGAAAGAAGGAUGAAAAUAGUUGAUAUUGGUGGAGCUCAACAUCUUUUAAACAUGUUAGAGUCUGCCAGAGAUGAUCGCACGAGGAAGGAAGCCUUGAAGGCUCUUUUUGCAAUAUCCAAAUCAGGUCAUGUUUUACCCCUGAAUCACUACUCUGUGGAUGCAUUUUACUACAUGAUGAGUGAUGAAUAUGCGUGGACGACUACAUUUUUAUAUCAAACUUCCUGAAUCUAGCCACAUUUUAAUAGAUAAAACCAUUUAGCUGACAGAGAAUGUUACCCUACUUCACAUUGUUAAGAUAUGUUUCAGAGAAGAGUGUUUACUGGUUGACCCUCUUGGUAAUUCUUCUACUAUAUGCUAGACCUAAGAGUUCUGCGUUCGAACAAUCUCUGGGCAUUUCCACAACGAUACAUGCUUCUGUGCUAUAAACUAAUUUUAUGCUUGAUGUUUCCUUGGAAAAGUUUCUCCCUAAAAUGCCUUCAAGUAUACCACCAAACUGUUGAAGCACAAUGUAUAUAGACAAAAAGUAAUUGGACUAGAAGUCUUCUGUGAUUCUGUGUACUUGACAGGUCCUCCUUUAUCAGUGAAACUUUUAGGAUAAACAAAUUAGGAACUACUUUUGUCAGACAAACCUUGGAUACUACUUGGAUUAGUUACAUCUGUGACUAUCCUGUAUUUUGUUGUGAUGCAUCUCUCCUCAAAAAAAAA